AUGUCUAAAGGUGGCUUCCUGAGAAUCUUAGAGGUUCUAUUUAUGGGAGAGAUGAUGAUAACUGGAAACGGAGCCAAAGAAACUCCUGUCUCCACCUGUUGCGGAGGCCACACGAUAACAAAAGUCUAUGAGACGACGACAACCUCAUCAACUGGACAUGAAGAACCAGCCAAGCCAGUGGAGAGGAAGAAAGACAAACGGAAGAAAGUGGACUCUUCCAAAUUCAUGACUCCUUACAUAGCACACAGUCAGAAAAUGCAAAAUCUAUUUAGCCAGAAUAAGUACAAAGAGAAUUUUGAGAAAGCCAAAGGACAGCCAUAUGCCACCACCUCCGAUACCCCCGAACUUCGCAGGAUCAAGAAAGUACAAGAUCAGCUCAGCGAGGUUAAGUACCGGAUGGAUGGUGACGUCGCUAAGACGAUCUGCCAUGUGGACAAACAAGCGAAGGACAUAGAACAUGCGAAGAAGGUGUCGCAGCAAGUCAGCAAGGUUUUGUACAAGCAGAAUUGGGAGGAUACCAAGGAUAAGUACCUGCUUCCCCCCGAUGCUCCAGAGCUGGUCCAGGCAAUCAAGAACACUGCCAUGUUCAGUAAGAAACUGUACACCGAAGACUGGGAUGCUGACAAAAACUUAUUUUACCCCUACAACGACAGUCCAGAGCUGAGGAGGGUCGCCCAAGCCCAGAAAGCUCUCAGUGACAUUGCCUACAAGAAAGGGCACGAAGAGCGGAAAUCUCAAUUCACAUCCCUGGCAGACCCACCCGAUAUAGAGUUUGCCAAGAAAGUGAGCAAUCAGCUGAGCAAGCAAAAGUACCACGCGGAUUAUGAAAAUAAAGUCAAAGGCAAGUGGAGUGAGACGCCUUGCUUUGAAAUUGCCACUGCAAGAAUGAAUGCAGCUAAUAUUAGCUCGAGAAAAUACCAGGAAGACUUUGAGAAUACCAAAGACCAAAUUUACUUUAUGCAGACGGACACCCCAGAGUACCAAGUUAAUAAGCGAGCUGGAAUCGCUGCUAGUAAGGUGAAGUACAAAGAAGACUAUGAAAAGAAUAAAAGUGUGGCCGAUUAUAAUGUGCUUCCCGCCACGGAGAACCCGCUGCUCAGGCAAUUAAAGGCUGCGGGUAAUGCCCUCAGUGAUAAAUUAUAUAAGGAGAACUAUGAGAAAACCAAGGCCAAGAGCAUGAACUACUGUGAGACUCCUAAAUUUAAGAUGGAUACCAUUCUGCACAACUUCAACGAAAAUAAAUAUAAAGAUUCCUACAUGAAGAAUAUUCUGGGACAUUACGUGGGCAGCUUUGAAGACCCAUAUCAUUCACACUGCAUGAAGGUUACAGCUCAGAACAGUGACAAAAAUUACCGGGCCGAUUACGAAGAAGACCGGGGAAAAUGCUACUUCCCUCAGACCAUAACUCAAGAGUACGAAACCAUCAAGAAACUAGACCAGUGUAAAGAUCACGCCUACAAAGUCCACCCUGAUAAAACCAAGUUCACUCAAGUCACUGACUCUCCUGUUCAAUUGCAAGCCCAGAUAAAUACCAAGCAGCUGAGCGAUCUGAAUUACAAAGCGAAACACGAGAGUGAGAAGUUCAAAUGCAACGUGCCCGGAGAUGCUCCAGCUUUCAUCCAGCACAGGGUCAACGCCUAUAACCUCAGUGACAAUGCUUACAAGCACGACUGGGAGAAGAGUAAAGCUAAGAAGUUUGAGAUCAAGGUUGAUUCCAUCCCUCUCCUGGCGGCCAAAGCCAACAGCAAAAUUGCCAGCGAUGUGAUGUACAAGAAAGAUUAUGAGCAGAGCAGAGGGAAAAUGAUUGGAGCCCUGAGCAUCAAUGAUGAUCCCAAGAUGCUCCACUCUUUGAAGGUGGCCAAAAACCAGAGCGAUAGACUAUACAGGGAAAACUAUGAGAAGACAAAAGCCAAGAGCAUGAAUUACUGUGAGACUCCUAAGUUUCAGCUGGAUACCCUUCUGAAAAACUUUGGGGAGAAUAAAUAUAAAGAUUCCUACGUGAAGAAUAUUCUGGGACAUUACGUGGGCAGCUUCGAAGACCCUUAUCAUUCCCACUGCAUGAAGGUUGCAGCUCAGAACAGUGACAAAAACUACCGGGCUGAAUAUGAAGAAGACAGGGGAAAAUGCUACUUCCCCCAGACCAUAACUCAAGAGUAUGAAGCCAUCAAGAAACUGGACCAGUGUAAAGAUCACACCUACAAAGUGCACCCCGAUAAAACGAAGUUCACUGCAGUCACCGACUCUCCGGUCCAGUUGCAAGCCCAGAUCAACACCAAGCAGCUGAGCGAUCUGAACUACAGAGCGAAACAUGAGAGUGAGAAGUUCAAAUGCAACGUCCCAGCAGACGCUCCAGCUUUCAUCCAGCACAGAGUCAAUGCUUACAACCUCAGUGAUAAUGCUUACAAGCACGACUGGGAGAAAAGUAAAGCUAAGAAGUUUGAGAUCAAAGUUGAUUCCAUCCCUCUCCUGGCGGCCAAAGCCAACAGCAAGAAUGCCAGCGAUGUGAUGUACAAGAAAGACUAUGAGCAGAGCAGAGGGAAAAUGAUUGGAGCCCUGAGCAUCAGUGAUGAUCCCAAGAUGCUCCACUCUUUGAAGGUGGCCAAAAACCAGAGUGAUAGACUAUACAGGGAAAACUAUGAGAAGACAAAAGCCAAGAGCAUGAAUUACUGCGAGACUCCUAAGUUUCAGCUGGAUACCCUUCUGAAAAACUUUGGGGAGAAUAAAUAUAAAGAUUCCUACGUGAAGAAUAUUCUGGGACAUUACGUGGGCAGCUUCGAAGACCCUUAUCAUUCCCACUGCAUGAAGGUUGCAGCUCAGAACAGUGACAAAAACUACCGGGCUGAAUAUGAAGAAGACAGGGGAAAAUGCUACUUCCCCCAGACCAUAACUCAAGAGUAUGAAGCCAUCAAGAAACUGGACCAGUGUAAAGAUCACACCUACAAAGUGCACCCCGAUAAAACGAAGUUUACUGCAGUCACUGACUCUCCGGUCCAGUUACAGGCCCAGAUCAAUACCAAGCAGCUGAGUGAUCUGAACUACAGAGCAAAACACGAGAGCGAGAAGUUCAAAUGCAACGUCCCAGCAGAUGCUCCAGCUUUCAUCCAGCACAGAGUCAAUGCCUACAAUCUCAGUGACAACAUUUACAAGCAUGACUGGGAGAAGAGUAAAGCUAAGAAGUUUGAGAUCAAGGUUGAUUCUAUCCCUCUCCUGGCAGCCAAAGCCAACAGCAAGAAUGCCAGCGAUGUGAUGUACAAGAAAGAUUAUGAGCAGAGCAGAGGGAAAAUGAUUGGAGCCCUGAGCAUCAAUGACGAUCCCAAGAUGCUCCAUUCUUUGAAGGUGGCCAAAAACCAGAGCGAUCGUGAAUACCGAAAGGAUUACGAAAAGGCAAAGACGGUCUACACGGCACCUCUGGAUAUGAUCCAGGUCACCCAGGCUAAGAAAUCCCAAGCAAUUGCCAGCGAUGUGGACUAUAAGCACGUCUUACACAAUUACAGCUAUCCCCCUGAUAGUAUCAACGUGGACCUGGCGAAGAAGGCUUACGCCCUGCAGAGCGAUGUUGAAUACAAAGCUGACUAUAACAGUUGGAUGAAAGGCUGUGGCUGGGUACCAUUUGGUUCCUUGGAAAUGGAGAAGUCAAAGAGAGCGUCAGAUAUCCUCAAUGAGAAAAAAUAUCGCCAGCAUCCAGAUACUCUGAAAUUUACCUCAAUCGAAGACGAUCCUAUUAUUGUUCAGUCCAAAAUCAACCAGGCCCAAAGGAGUGACAUCCUCUAUAAAGCCAAAGGAGAGGAAAGGCUCCACAAGUAUAACCUUCCCGCCGACCUCCCGCAGUUCAUCCAGGCCAAAGUGAACGCCUACAACAUCAGCGACUCUAUGUACAAACUGGACCUGAAAGACUUGAAGAAAAAGGGUUACGACCUCAGAACGGAUGCCCUUCCUAUCCAAGUUGCCAAAGCUGCUCGGCAGGCUGCCAGUGACGUGCAUUACAAAAAAAAUUAUGAAAAAGCCAAAGGGAAAAUGGUGGGUUUCCAAAGUCUCCAGGAUGAUCCCAAACUGGUUCAUUAUAUGAACGUCGCCAAGAUGCAGUCCGACCGGGAGUACAAGAAAGACUAUGAGAAGUCAAAGACCAAGUACAACACCCCGUUCGAUAUGUUCAACGUGGUUGGGGCUAAGAAGGCUCAGGACCUGGUCAGCAACGUCAACUACAAGCGUCAGCUGCACCAUUACACGUAUCUCCCCGACGCCAUGGACCUGGAGUUGUCCAAGAACAUGAUGCGCAUACAGAGCGAUAAUGCCUACAAGGAAGAGUAUAAUAGCUGGAUGAAGGGAAUUGGGUGGAUUCCCAUCGGCUCUCUGGAGGUCGAGAAAGUAAGGAAGGCAGGGGAUGCCUUGAACGAAAAGAAGUACCGACAGCAUCCAGACACUCUCAAAUUUACCAGUGUGGUGGACUCACCAGUUAUGGUCCAGGCCAAACAGAACACCCAGCAAGUCAGCGAUAGAUUGUAUAAAGCCAAAGGAGAGGAGAUGAAACAUAAGUUUACCAUCUGCCCUGACCUACCUCAGUUUAUCCAGGCCAAAUGUAACGCUUAUAACAUCAGUGAAGCGUGUUAUAAACGGGACUGGCAGGACUUAAUAGCAAAAGGGAAUAACGUCCUGGGAGACGCCAUCUCAAUUACCGCAGCUAAAGCAUCAAGAAACAUCGCUAGUGAUUAUAAGUACAAAGAAGCUUAUGAAAAAUCGAAAGGAAAGCAUGUUGGUUUUAGAAGUCUCCAAGAUGAUCCCAAACUGGUCCAUUACAUGAAUGUCGCCAAGAUGCAGUCUGACCGUGAAUACAAGAAAAACUAUGAGAAGACGAAGACCUCUUAUCACACGCCUGGGGAUAUGGUUAGCAUUACGGCUGCCAAGAUGGCUCAGGACAUCACCACCAACGUCAACUACAAACAGCCCAUCCACCACUACACCUAUUUACCGGAUGCCAUGAGCCUAGAGCUUUCAAGAAAUAUGAAUCAAAUUCAGAGUGAUAAUUUAUACAAAGAAGAUUACAACAACUUCUUCAAGGGCAUUGGAUGGAUCCCAAUCGGCUCUCUGGAGGUUGAAAAAGUCAAAAAAGCGGGCGAUGCACUGAACGAGAAGAAGUAUCGCCAGCACCCAGACACGAUCAAAUUCACAAGCGUGACUGAUUCUAUGGGAAUGGUCUUGGCCCAGCAGAACACCAAGCAAUUAAGCGAUCUGAAGUAUAAAGUGGAGGGGGAAAAAAUGAAGCACACGUAUACUUUGGACCCUGAACUCCCUCAGUUUAUUCAAGCCAAGGUGAAUGCCCUGAACAUGAGUGAAGCUCAUUACAAAGCCGACUGGAAGAAGACUCUUGCCAAGGGAUAUGAUUUGCGAACAGAUGCUAUUCCAAUCCAAGCUGCUAAAGCAUCACGAAACAUUGCCAGUGACUACAAGUAUAAGGAGUCUUAUGAGAAGGCUAAAGGGAAGCAAGUGGGAUUCCGGAGCCUGCAAGAUGACCCUAAACUGGUUCACUACAUGAACGUGGCCAAAAUGCAGUCAGAGCGGGAGUACAGGAAGGGAUAUGAAGCCAGCAAGACCCGGUAUCACGCGCCCUUGGACAUGAUCAGUGUGACGGCGGCUAAGCAGUCCCAAGAAGCAGUGACUAACACCACCUACCGACAGCCCAUUCACAAUUACACGCUCUUGCCCGACUCUCUGACCCUGGAACAUUCGAGAAACGUGAUGCAGAUCCAGAGCGAUAAUCUCUACAAAUCCGACUUCACCAACUGGAUGAGAGGAAUCGGCUGGAUGCCCAAUCAGUCCCUGGAGAUAGAGAAGGUGAAGAAAGCGGGGGAGAUCCUCAGCGAGAAGAAGUACCGACAGCACCCCGAAAAACUCAAGUUUACCCUAUCCAUGGAUUCCAUGGACCAGGUGCUUGCCAAAAGCAAUAAACUGACCAUGGAUAAGCGGCUCUACACCGAUAAGUGGAACAAAGAGAAGACCACUAUCCAUGUCAUGCCAGACACUCCUGAUAUCGUGUUGUCUAGAAUAAACCAGAUAACCAUGAGUGAUAAACUCUACAAAGCUGGAUGGGAAGAAGAAAAGAAGAAAGGCUAUGACCUAAGACUAGAUGCCAUCCCAAUUCAGGCUGCCAAGGCGGGCAGAGAUAUUGCAAGUGAUUACAAAUACAAAAAAGCUUAUGAACAAGCGAAGGGGAAGCACAUUGGCUUCCGGAGUCUCGAAGAUGACCCCAAGCUAGUGCACUUCAUGCAGGUGGCUAAGAUGCAGUCCGAACGGGAAUACAAAAAGGGUUACGAGAAGUCCAAGACGUCGUUCCACACCCCGGUGGACAUGCUCAGUGUGGUGGCAGCAAAGAAGUCACAGGAAGUGGCUACGAAUAUUAACUACAAGCACCUGAUACACUCGUACAACCUCCUCCCCGAUGCCAUGAAUUUCGAGUUGGCCAAAAAUAUGAUGCAGAUCCAGAGUGAUAAUCAGUAUAAGGCAGACUAUGAUGAUUUCAUGAAGGGGAUUGGCUGGCUACCCAUCGGCUCCUUAGAAGCUGAGAAGAACAAGAAAGCCAUGGAAAUCGUGAGCGAAAAGAAGUACCGACAACAUCCAGACACCCUGAAGUAUUCCACGCUGAUGGACUCCAUGAACAUGGUUCUAGCCCAGAAUAAUGCAAAAAUCAUGAAUAAGCACCUGUACAAGCAAGCAUGGGAAGCAGAAAAGACCAAGGUUCACAUCAUGCCAGACAUCCCCGAGAUUGUUUUGGCAAAGGCAAAUGCAAUCAACAUGAGUGAUAAACUCUACAAGCUUUCCUUGGAAGAGUCCAAGAAGAAAGGGUACGACCUCAGGACGGACGCGAUUUCCAUCACCGCUGCCAAAGCAUCUAGAGAUAUUGCUAGUGACUACAAGUACAAGCACAGCUAUGAAAAGGAAAAGGGGAAAAUGGUGGGCUUCCGCAGUCUCCAGGAUGACCCAAAACUCGUCCAUUACAUGCAAGUGGCGAAAAUGCAGUCGGAUCGGGAAUACAAGAAGAACUAUGAGACAACCAAGACCAGAUACCAGAGUCCCGCUGACAUGCUCAGUGUCAUGGCAGCCAAGGACGCCCAGGCCAAUAUAACCAAUACCAACUACAAGCGCCUGAUCCACAGAUAUAUCCUCCUGCCAGACGCCAUGAACAUUGAACUGACCAGGAACAUGAAUCGCAUUCAGAGUGCGAACGAAUACAAGCAGGACUAUAACGAGUGGUACCGGGGCCUUGGCUGGAACCCGGCUGAAUCCCUGGAUGUGGAGAAAGCCAAGAAAGCGACGGAGUACGCCAGUGACAUGAAGUACCGUCAGCAUCCCAGCACCUUCCAGUUCAAGAAGCUGACCGACUCCAUGGACAUGGUCCUGGCGAAGCAAAACGCACAAACCAUGAAUAAGUAUCUGUAUACCGUCGACUGGAAUAAGGAUAAAACUCAAAUUCACGUGAUGCCCGAUACCCCAGAUAUUCUACAGGCCAAACAGAACCAGACGCUCUUCAGUCAGAAACUGUAUAAACUCGGAUGGGAAGAAGCACUGAAGAAAGGCUACGACCUCCGCCCUGACGCUAUUUCGGUUCAGUUGGCCAAGGCAUCGAGGGACAUUGCCAGCGACUACAAGUACAAAGAAGGCUACCGCAAGCAACAGGGACACCAUAUUGGAUUCCGUAGCAUUCAAGAUGAUCCCAAACUGGUAUUAUCCAUGAAUGUGGCCAAAAUGCAGAGUGACCGGGAGUACAAGAAAGACUUUGAGAAGUGGAAGACCAAGUACAAUAGCCCGGUGGACAUGCUGGGCAUUGUGUUAGCCAAGAAAUGCCAGGAGCUGGUCAGCGACGUGGACUACAAGCACCCACUGCAUCAGUGGACGUGCCUGCCGGACCAGAAUGACGUCAUUCAAGCUAAAAAAGUGUACGAGCUGCAGAGUGAGAAUUUGUAUAAGUCUGAUCUUCAGUGGCUGAAGGGAAUUGGGUGGAGUCCUUUAGGCUCUCUGGAAGCUGAAAAGAAUAAGAAGGCUUCUGAAAUCAUCAGCGAGAAGAAAUACCGCCAGCCGCCAGACAGAUUCAAGUUCACCAGCCUUCCUGAUGCUAUGGACAUCGUCUUGGCGAAGACUAAUGCCAAGAACAGGAGCGAUAGACUCUACAGAGAAGCUUGGGACAAAGACAAGACUCAGAUCCACAUCAUGCCGGACACUCCCGAUAUCAUUCUGGCUAAAGCGAACUUACUCAAUACAAGUGACAAACUCUACAGAUUAGGCUACGAGGAGCUGAAGAAGAAAGGUUAUGAUCUCCCUAUUGAUGCCAUACCAAUCAAGGCCGCCAAAGCUUCCAGAGAAAUUGCCAGUGAAUACAAAUACAAGGAAGGUUACCGCAAGCAGCUUGGCCACCACAUUGGAGCGCGUGACAUUCAGGACGACCCCAAGAUGAUGUGGUCCAUGCACGUGGCCAAGAUUCAGAGCGACCGGGAGUAUAAGAAAGACUUUGAGAAGUGGAAGACUAAGUAUAACAGCCCAGUGGACAUGCUGGGGGUUGUCCUGGCCAAGAAGUGUCAGAUUCUGGUGAGCGAUAUAGACUAUAAACAUCCUCUGCACCAGUGGACCUGCCUGCCGGACCAGAAUGAUGUUGUCCAUGCCAGAAAAACCUAUGACCUUCAGAGUGAUAAUUUGUACAAGGCAGAUCUCCAGUGGUUAAGGGGUAUUGGCUGGGCUCCCAGUGGCUCUCUUGAAGAUGAGAAGAACAAGAGAGCUACCAAAAUUCUGAGCGACAACAUAUACCGCCAACACCCUGACAAAUUCAAAUUCUCCAGCCUCCUGGACUCCAUGCCAAUGGUUUUGGCCAAGAGCAAUGCCAUGAAUAUGAACCAGCGCCUUUAUACAGAAGCUUGGGACAAAGAUAAAACCACCAUCCACAUUAUGCCAGACACUCCGGAAGUUUUGCUGGCAAAACAGAACAAAGUCAACUACAGUGAGAAACUCUACAAACUGGGCCUGGAAGAAUCCAGACAGAGAGGCUACGAUCUGCGCCUGGAUGCAAUCCCCAUUAAGGCAGCAAAGGCCUCCAGGGACAUCGCAAGUGAAUACAAGUAUAAAGAAGGUUACCGCAAGCAGCUUGGCCACCACAUCGGUGCCCGGGCCAUACACGACGAUCCCAAGAUGAUGUGGUCUAUGCACAUAGCUAAGGUCCAGAGCGACCGGGAGUACAAGAAAGACUUUGAGAAAUACAAAACCCGAUUCAGCAGCCCGGUGGACAUGCUGGGAGUCGUACUGGCCAAGAAGUGUCAGGAACUGGUCAGCGAUGUGGACUACAAGCAUCCUCUGCAUCAAUGGACGUGUCUCCCAGACCAAAAUGAUGUGAUUCAUGCCCGGAAAGCCUAUGACCUCCAGAGUGAUAAUCUGUACAAGUCAGAUCUCCAGUGGCUGAGAGGCAUUGGCUGGGUCCCCAUCGGCUCUCUAGACGUUGAAAAGUGCAAACGGGCGACAGAGAUUCUGAGCGACAGCAUCUACCGCCAGCCUCCAGACAGGCUGAAAUUUACCAGCGUGACAGACUCCCUGGAGCAGGUCCUGGCCAAGAAUAAUGCCAUCACCAUGAACAAGCGUUUAUAUACCGAGGCUUGGGACAAAGACAAGAGGCAGGUCCACAUAAUGCCCGAUACACCGGAGAUUACCCUGGCAAGGCAGAACAAAAUCAACUACAGCGAGAGUCUGUAUAAACUCGCCAAUGAAGAGGCCAAGCGGAAAGGCUAUGACUUGCGCGUAGAUGCCAUCCCCAUCCAAGCAGCCAAAGCGUCCAGAGACAUCGCCAGUGAUUACAAGUACAAAGAUGGCUACCGCAAGCAACUGGGCCACCACAUCGGAGCGCGUGACAUCCAGGACGACCCCAAGAUGAUGUGGUCCAUGCACGUGGCCAAGAUCCAGAGCGACCGGGAGUACAAGAAAGACUUUGAGAAGUGGAAGACCAAGUACACCAGCCCCGUGGACAUGCUGGGGGUUGUCCUGGCCAAGCAGUGUCAGAUCCUGGUGAGCGAUAUAGACUACAAGCACCCUCUGCACCAGUGGACCUGCCUGCCGGACCAGAACGAUGUCAUUCAUGCCCGGAAGGCCUACGACCUUCAGAGUGACAAUCAGUACAAGUCAGAUCUCCAGUGGCUGAGAGGCAUUGGCUGGGUCCCCAUCGGCUCUCUAGACGUUGAAAAGUGCAAACGGGCGACAGAGAUUCUGAGCGACAACAUCUACCGCCAGCCUCCAGACAGGCUGAAAUUUACCAGCGUGACAGACUCUCUGGAGCAGGUCCUGGCCAAGAAUAAUGCCAUCACCAUGAACAAGCGUUUAUAUACCGAGGCUUGGGACAAAGACAAGACGCAGAUCCACAUAAUGCCCGAUACACCGGAGAUUACCCUGGCAAGGCAGAACAAAAUCAACUACAGCGAGAGUCUGUAUAAACUCGCCAAUGAAGAGGCCAAGCGGAAAGGCUAUGACUUGCGCGUAGAUGCCAUCCCCAUCCAAGCAGCCAAAGCAUCCAGAGACAUCGCCAGUGAUUACAAGUACAAAAUUGGCUACCGCAAGCAACUGGGCCACCACAUCGGAGCGCGUGACAUCCAGGACGACCCCAAGAUGAUGUGGUCCAUGCACGUGGCCAAGAUCCAGAGCGACCGGGAGUACAAGAAAGACUUUGAGAAGUGGAAGACCAAGUACACCAGCCCCGUGGACAUGCUGGGGGUUGUCCUGGCCAAGCAGUGUCAGAUCCUGGUGAGCGAUAUAGACUACAAGCACCCUCUGCACCAGUGGACCUGCCUGCCGGACCAGAACGAUGUCAUUCACGCCCGGAAGGCCUACGACCUUCAGAGUGAUAAUCAGUACAAGUCAGAUCUCCAGUGGCUGAGAGGCAUUGGCUGGGUCCCCAUCGGCUCUCUAGAAGUUGAAAAAUGCAAACGGGCGGCAGAGAUUCUGAGCGACAACGUCUACCGGCAGCCUCCAGACAGGCUGAAAUUUACCAGCGUGACAGACUCUCUGGAGCAGGUCCUGGCCAAGAAUAAUGCCAUCACCAUGAACAAGCGCCUGUACACAGAGGCUUGGGACAAAGACAAGACACAAAUCCACAUAAUGCCCGAUACGCCUGAGAUCAUAUUGGCAAGGCAGAACAAAGUCAACUAUAGUGAGAGUCUGUAUAAACUCGCCAACGAAGAAGCCAAGAAGAAAGGCUAUGACUUGCGCGUUGAUGCCAUCCCCAUCCAAGCAGCCAAAGCAUCCAGAGACAUUGCCAGCGAUUACAAGUACAAAGAUGGCUACCGCAAGCAACUGGGCCACCACAUCGGAGCGCGUGACAUCCAGGACGACCCCAAGAUGAUGUGGUCCAUGCACGUGGCCAAGAUCCAGAGCGACCGGGAAUACAAGAAAGACUUUGAGAAGUGGAAGACCAAGUACACCAGCCCCGUGGACAUGCUGGGGGUUGUCCUGGCCAAGCAGUGUCAGAUCCUGGUGAGCGAUAUAGACUACAAGCACCCUCUGCACCAGUGGACCUGCCUGCCGGACCAGAACGAUGUCAUUCACGCCCGGAAGGCCUACGACCUUCAGAGUGACAAUAUGUACAAGUCAGAUCUUCAGUGGUUGAGAGGCAUUGGCUGGGUCCCCAUUGGUUCCGUGGAUAUCGUAAAAUGCAAGAGGGCUGCUGAGAUUCUGAGCGACAACGUCUACCGCCAACCUCCGGAUAAGCUGAAAUUUACCAGCGUGACUGACUCGUUGGAGCAGGUUUUGGCCAAAAAUAAUGCCAUCACCAUGAACAAGCGCUUGUACACAGAGGCCUGGGACAAAGACAAAACUCAAGUGCACAUAAUGCCCGACACGCCCGAGAUUAUGCUGGCAAGGCAGAACAAAAUCAACUACAGCGAAAGCCUUUAUCGACUUGCCCUCGAAGAGUCGAAGAAGGAAGGCUAUGACUUGAGGAGUGAUGCUAUUCCAAUUGUAGCCGCUAAAGCAUCCAGGGAUAUUGCCAGUGAUUACAAAUACAAAGAGGCUUACCGCAAGCAACUUGGCCACCAUAUCGGCGCCCGAGCCGUGCAUGACGAUCCCAAGAUAAUGUGGUCCCUGCACAUAGCCAAGGUCCAGAGCGACCGGGAAUACAAGAAAGACUUUGAGAAAUACAAGACCCGAUUCAGCAGCCCCGUGGACAUGCUGGGCAUUGUGUUAGCCAAGCAGUGUCAGACGUUGGUCAGCGAUGUGGACUACAAGCACCCUCUGCAUGAGUGGACGUGCCUGCCGGACCAGAACGACAUCAUCCAUGCUCGCAAGGCCUAUGACCUCCAGAGUGACAAUCUCUACAAGUCAGAUCUCGACUGGUUGAGAGGCAUUGGCUGGGUGCCGAUCGGUUCCGUGGAUGUUCUUAAAGCCAAGAGAGCGGCAGAGAUUCUGAGCGACAAAAUCUACCGCCAGCCUCCAGACAAGCUGAAAUUUACCAGCGUGACCGACUCUCUGGAGCAGGUGUUGGCCAAGAAUAAUGCCAUCACCAUGAACAAGCGCUUAUAUACUGAAGCGUGGGACAAUGACAAGAAAACAAUCCACGUCAUGCCUGACACUCCAGAAAUCAUGCUAGCAAAGCUCAACCGGAUCAACUACAGUGAGAAACUCUACAAACUUGCCUUAGAGGAGUCCAGGAAGGAAGGUUAUGACUUGCGUGUGGACGCCAUACCGAUUCAAGCUGCCAAGUCCUCCCGAGACAUUGCUAGUGAUUAUAAAUACAAAGAGGCUUAUCGCAAGCAACUUGGCCACCACAUCGGAGCGCGGGACAUUCACGACGACCCCAAGAUGAUGUGGUCCAUACAUGCAGCUAAGAUCCAGAGCGACCGGGAGUACAAGAAAGAGUUUGAGAAGUGGAAGACCAAGUACAAUACCCCAGUGGACAUGCUGGGCAUUGUGUUAGCCAAGAAGUGCCAGACUUUGGUCAGCGAUGUGGACUAUAAGCACCCUCUGCAUGAGUGGACGUGCCUGCCGGACCAGAAUGACGUCAUUCACGCCCGGAAGGCCUAUGACCUCCAGAGUGAUGCUAUUUACAAAGCUGACCUGGACUGGCUCAGAGGCAUCGGCUGGGUUCCCAUUGGUUCCGUGGAUGUCGAGAAGGCUAAGAGAGCGGGAGAGAUCCUCAGCGAGAGGAAGUACCGACUGCCUGCUGACCAGCUCAAGUUCACCUGCAUCACAGAUACCCCAGAAAUCGUCCUGGCGAAGAGUAACGCCCUCACGAUGAGCAAGCAUCUCUACACUGAAGCCUGGGACGCUGACAAAACCAGCAUUCACGUGAUGCCAGACACACCUGAAAUCAUGCUGGCCAAGGCCAAUUCCGUGAAUGUCAGCCAGAAACUUUACACCAAAGGUUGGGACGAAUCAAAGAUGAAGGACUAUGACCUGAGAGCAGAUGCAAUUGCCAUCCAAAGCGCCAAGGCCUCGAGAGAUAUUGCCAGUGACUACAAAUACAAGGAAGCAUACGAGAAGCAGAGGGGACAUCACAUCGGCGCCCGGAGCGUGGAAGAUGAUCCCAAGAUUCUGUGGUCGAUUCAUGCAGGAAAGAUACAGAGUGAAAGGGAGUACAAGAAAGAUUUCCAGAAGUGGAAGACGAAGUUCAGCAGCCCGGUGGAUAUGCUGGGCAUCUUGCUUGCGAAGAAAUGCCAGACCCUGGUCAGUGAUAUCGAUUAUCGCAACUACCUUCACCACUGGACGUGUUUACCGGACCAGAACGAUAUCAUCCAAGCCAAGAAAGCCUACGAUCUUCAGAGCAAUAACGUCUAUAAAUCAGACCUGGAGUGGCUCCGUGGCAUCGGUUGGAUCCCUGAAGGUUCGGUGGAGCUGAUGCAUGUGAAGGAGGCCCAGGAUCUCGUGAACGAGCGGCUGUAUCGCACGCGGCCGGAGACCCUGAAGUUCACCAAUAUUGUCGACACCCCCGAAGUGGUGCUGGCGAAAGCCAAUUCCCUGCAAAUAAGCGAUACUCUGUAUCGCGAGGCAUGGAAUAAAGAUAAGACGAACAUCAGCAUUCCCUCCGACACGCCGGUGAUGCUGCAGGCUCAGCUCAACGCCAUGCAGAUCAGCAACAAACUGUAUCAGCAAGACUGGGAAGAAGCCAAGCAGAAAGGCUAUGACAUAAGAGCCGAUGCCAUUGGAAUCCGACAGGCGAAAGCUUCUAGAGACAUAGCUAGCGAGUACAAGUACAAAGAAGGCUACCGCAAGCAGUUGGGUCACCACGUAGGAUGCCGGACCUUGCAAGAUGACCCGAAGCUGGUGUGGUCGAUUCACGCGGCCAAGAUCCAGAGUGAGAGGGAGUACAAGAAGGACUAUGAGAAGUCGAGGACCCAAUACAACACUCCACUGGAUAUGAUGGCGAUCGUUCAGGCCAAGAAAUGUCAGGUCCUCGUCAGCGAUAUUGAUUAUCACAAUUACCUGCACCAGUGGACGUGUCUGCCCGACCAGAAUGAUGUGAUCCAGGCUAAGAAGGCCUAUGAACUGCAGAGCGACAAUGUGUACAAGUCUGACCUGGAGUGGUUGCGAGGGAUCGGAUGGCUGCCAAGUGGUUCUGUGGAUGUGACUCGAGUGAAGAGAGCCCAAGACCUCCUGAACGAAAGGCUGUAUCGCACCAGGCCAGAGGCCCUCAAGUUCACCAGUAUCGUUGACACCCCAGAAGUCAUCCUGGCCAAGACGAACGCCCUUCAGAUUAGCGAGCCACUGUAUCGAGAUGCUUGGGAGAAAGAAAAGGCAAAUGUCAGUGUCCCUGCUGACACUCCUGUGAUGUUGCAAUCCAAAAUCAACGCCAUGCAGAUCAGCAAUAAACAAUACCAGCAAGCUUGGGAAGAUGUCAAGAUGACGGGUUAUGACAUUAGAGCUGAUGCCAUUGGAAUCAAACAUGCCAAGGCUUCUAGAGACAUUGCCAGUGAGUACCUCUAUAAAGCUACUCACGAGCAACAGAAAGGCCACUACAUUGGCUGCCGCACAGCCAAGGAAGAUCCCAAGUUGGUUUGGGCUGCGCACGUGAUGAAGAUGCAGAACGACAGAGAGUAUAAAAAGGCCUACAAUGACUCCAAGGCCAAGAUAACCAUUCCGGGGGACAUGGUGUCCCUUAACGCUGCCAAGGAGGGCCAGGCCCUAGCGAGCGACGUGGAUUAUCGCCAGUUCUUCCACCGCUGGUCGUGUCUGCCCGAUCAGAACGAUGUGAUCCAAGCGCGGAAGGCCUACGACCUUCAGAGCGAUGCCAUCUACAAGGCUGAUCUGGAAUGGUUGCGAGGGGUUGGCUGGCUGCCCCAGGGCUCCCCUGAGCACUUGAGAGUGAAGAACGCCCAGGAGAUUCUGUGUGACAGUGUCUACCGGACCCCCGUGGAGAAACUCAAGUACACCAGCAUCGUCGACACACCCGAAGUCGUCCUCGCCAAGACGAACGCCGAACAGAUCAGCAUACCCAAGUACAGAGAAGCUUGGGACAAAGACAAGACGUCGAUCCACAUCAUGCCAGACACUCCUGAAAUCAACCUCGCCAGAGCAAAUGCUCUCAACGUGAGCAAUAAAAUUUAUAAGGAAGGCUGGGAUGAAGUGAAAAUGAGCUGCGAUGUGAGGCUGGACGCCAUUCCAAUCCAGUCUGCCAAGGCCUCCAGGGAGAUUGCCAGUGAUUAUAAGUACAAACUAGAUCACGAGAAGCAAAAGGGACACUACGUCGGGACACUCACAGCUAGGGAUGAUAACCGGAUCCGGUGGGCCCUCCUGGCGGGCAAGAUUCAGAACGAGAGGGAGUACCGGCUGCACUGGGCCAAGUGGAAGACCAAAUUUCAGAGCCCAGUGGAUAUGCUCUCCAUCUUGCAAUCCAAAAAAUCCCAGACCUUGGUCAGCAAUGUGGAUUACCGCCAUUACCUGCAUCAGUGGAUGUGUCUGCCUGACCAGAACGACGUGAUCCAGGCUAAGAGGGCCUAUGAAUUGCAGAGUGACGCUGUUUACAAGGCUGAUUUAGAAUGGCUGCGUGGAAUCGGGUGGAUGCCCAGCGACUCCGUUUCUGUCAAUCAUGUCAAGCAUGCCCAGGACAUCUUUAGUGAGCAAAAGUACCGCACCAAGAUAGAAUCUCUCAGUUUCACUCCGGUGGAUGACAGAGUUGACUACGUGACCGCGAAGCAGAGUGGCGAAAUUCUCAACGAUAUUAAAUACAGGAAAGAUUGGAAUGACACCAAGUCGAAGUACACUCUGACUGAAACGCCACUGCUGCACACUGCCCAAGAAGCAGCCAGGAUCCUUGACCAGUACCUCUACAAAGAAGGCUGGGAGAAGCAGAAAGCGACCGGUUACAUUUUGCCACCGGAUGCUGUGCCGUUCGUUCACGCCCAUCACUCGAAUGAUGUCCAGAGUGAGCUCAAAUACAAGGCUGAAUACGUGAAGCAGAAAGGUCAUUAUGUCGGCGUCCCCACAAUGAGAGAUGACCCCAAACUGGUCUGGUUCGAGCACGCGGGCCAGAUUCAGAACGACAGGCUGUACCAGAAGGAUUACCACAACACCAAAUCCAGAGUCCACAUCCCCGUGGACAUGGUGUCGGUCACGGCGGCCAAGGAGGGGCAGACUCUGGUCAGCAACAUCGACUACCGUAAUUAUCUGCACCGAUGGACCUGCCAUCCUGACCAGAACGACUGCAUUCAAGCCAAGAAGGCCUAUGAUCUACAGAGCGAUAACAUCUACAAAGCCGACCUGGAGUGGCUCCGAGGUAUCGGUUGGAUCCCCCUGGAUUCCGUCGAGCACGUGAGAGUUACAAAGAACCAGGAGAUGGUCAACCAGGUUAAAUACAAGAAAGAUGCUCUCGACAACUAUCCCAACUUCACAAGCGUGGUCGACCCUCCGGAAAUUGUCCUGGCCAAGAUUAACUCUAUCAAUCAGAGUGACGUGAGAUAUAAAGAAACGUUUAACCAAGCCAAGGGCAAGUACAUCGGUUCUGCAGUUACGCCCCACCUGUUGCACUCGAAAGACAUGGCAAAACUCUACAGUACCAUACUCUAUAAGGGUACCUGGGAAGGCAACAAGGCCUUCGGCUACACGUUGGAUGAGCGCUACAUACCCAUCGUGGGAGCCAAGAACGCCGACUACGUGAACAGUGAGCUUAAAUACAAAGAAGUGUUUGAGAAGCAGAAGGGUCACUACCUGGCCGGAAAGCACAUCAGCGACUUCCCCAGUGUCCUUCACUCUCUGGAUUUCCAAAAGAUGAGAAGUGCGCUGAACUACCGAAGGCAUUACGAGGACACCAAAGCCAACGUCCACAUUCCAAAUGACAUGCUCAAUCACGUCCUGGCCAAAAAGUGCCAGUUCAUCCUCAGCGACCUGGAAUACCGCCGCUACUUCCACCAGUGGUUGUCUCUGCCCGGAGAGCCCCGCCUCAUCCAGGCCAGGAACGCCCAGGAGAUCCUGAGCGACGUUGUGUAUAAAGAUGACUUGAAUUGGCUGAAAGGAAUUGGGUGCUAUGUCUGGGACACGCCACAAAUCCUCCACGCCAAGAAAUCGUACGAUCUCCAAAGUCAGCUGCAAUACACAGCGGCAGGAAAAGAAAAUCUCCAGAACUAUAAUCUCGUCACCGACACCCCGCUGUAUGUGACGGCCCUGCAGAGUGGCAUCAAUGCUAGUGAGGUGAAAUAUAAAGAAAACUAUCACCAGAUCAAGGACAAGUACACCACAGUGCUGGAAACGGUAGAUUACGACAGAACCAAGAGCCUGAAGAGCCUUUUUAGCAGCAACCUGUACAAAGAAGCCUGGGAGAGAGUGAAAGCCACCAGCUACCUCCUGCCACCCAGCUCGGUCUCCUUAACCCAUGCCAGGAACCAGAAGCACCUGGCCAGCAACCUCAAGUAUCGGGAAGAAUACGAGAAGUUUAAAGCGCUUUAUACCUUACCCAAAGGCGUCGAAGAUGAUCCCAACACAGCCAGGUGCCUCCGAGUUGGCAAGCUUAACAUUGAUCGCCUGUACCGAUCUGUCUACGAAAAGAACAAGGCGAAAAUCCACAUCGUGCCAGACAUGGUAGAGAUUGUUUCCGCUAAAGACACCCAGAAGAAAGUUAGCGAGAUCGACUACCGCCUCCAUCUCCACGAAUGGACCUGCCACCCUGACCUGCAGAUCAACAGUCAUGUCCGGAAAGUCACCGACCAGCUGAGCGACAUUGUAUACAAGGAUGAUCUCAACUGGCUGAAGGGGAUUGGCUGCUACGUGUGGGACACCCCGGAAAUCCUCCACGCCAAACAUGCCUACGACCUACGCAGUGACAUCAAGUACAAAGCUGAAGUGGAGAAAAUGAAAAACGACUACACCCUGGUGACUGACACCCCUGUCUACGUUCAGGCGGUCAAGAGUGGCCAGCAACUCAGUGAUGCUGUUUACCGCCACGAAUACGUGCACAACGUUAAAGGCAGAGUGGCUCCCACAACUAAAACCGUGGAUUUGGAUCGAGCCCUUCAUGCUUACAAAUUGCAGAGCGAAAAUUUGUACCGGAAAGCUGGUCUACACUACCUCCCUACUGGCUAUAGGCUCCCGGGUGACGCGCCCCACUUCAAGCACAUUAAGGACGUCCAGUACAUUAGUAGUUAUUUUAAAUACAAAGAAGUUUAUGAACACCUCAAGGCCAACGGCUACACCCUGGGACCCAAUGACGUUCCUUUCGUGAAUAUAAGGAAUGUCAACAAAGUCACUAGUGAGAGGCUGUAUAGAGAACUGUACCACAAACUGAAGGACAAGAUUCACACGACGCCCGACACGCCUGAGAUCCGCCAAGUCAAAGCCACACAGGAAGCUGUCAGCGAUUUGAUCUACAAGUCAGACUUCUUCAAGAUGCAAGGCCACAUGAUCUCCCUGCCAUACACCCCUCAAGUGCUCCACUGCCGCUACGUGGGAGACAUCACAAGUGACAUUAAAUACAAAGAGGAUCUCCAGUUACUGAAGGGACUGGGCUGCUUCCUGUAUGACACCCCUGAUAUGGUCCGUUCCCGCCACCUGCGGAAGCUCUGGUCUAACUACGUGUACACCGACAGCGCAAGGAAGAUGCGGGACAAAUACAGCGUGGUGCUGGACACCCCCGAGUAUAGGAAAGUGCAGGAGUUGAAGACCCAUUUGAGCGAGAUCGUGUACAGGGCGGUGGGCAAGAAGCAGAAGUCAAAGUUCACUUCCAUUCUCGACACUCCCGACUUUCUGAGGGCAAAGAAAGGGCAGAAGCUCCAGAGUCAGUAUCUGUACGUUGAGUUGGCCACCAAAGAAAGACCUCAUCAUCACGCCGGCAACCAGACCACGGCCCUGAAACAUGCUAAACAUGUGAAGGACAUGGUCAGCGAGAAAAAGUACAAAACUCAGUACGAAAAGAUGAAGGACAAGUACACCCCAGUCCCCGACACGCCGAUCCUCAUCAGAGCCAAGAAGGCUUACUGGAAUGCGAGCGAUUUACGGUACAAAGAAACCUUCCAAACCACCAAAGGCAAAUACCGUACCGUGAAGGAUGCCCUGGACAUCGUCUACCACCGCAAGGUCACCGAUGACAUCAGCAGCGUGAAGUACAAGGAAAAGUACAUGAGUCAGUUGGGAAUUUGGAGGUCUAUUCCGGAUCGGCCCGAGCACUACCACCAUCGGGCAGUCACCGAUGCCGUCAGCAAUGUUAAAUACAAGGAAGAUCUGAACUGGCUCAGGGGCAUCGGCUGCUACGCUUGGGAUACGCCAGACUUGGUUCUGGCAGGACAGAACAAGGCUCUGUACAGCAAGUAUAAGUACAAGGAGUUAUUUGAGAAGACGAAGUCUCAAUUCAAGUAUGAAGCCGACUGCCCGAUCAAUCGGCAUUUCAAGCACGCGACUCAGCUGUUGAAUGAGAAAAAGUACAGAGCUGAUUAUGAGCAGCGGAAAGAUAAGUACAGUCUUGUGGUGGAUGAACCUAGACAUCUCCUGGCUAAGACGGCAGAUGAACAGAUCAGCCAGAGAAAAUAUAAAUCUAGUGCCAAGAUGUUUCUGCGAAACGGAUGUAAUGAAAUUCUGCGCCCAGACAUGUUGACCGCCCUCUACAACACCCACAUGGAGAGCCAGAUCAAAUACCGGAAAAAAUAUGAGAAGUCAAAGGACAAAUUCACCUCUGUCGUGGACACCCCCGAGCACCUGCGCACUACAAAAGUCAACAAGGAGAUCAGCGAUAUCCUCUACAAGUUGGAAUAUAACAAGGCCAAGCCAAGAGGCUACACCAUGAUCCAUGACACUCCGAUGCUCCUCCAUGUUCGCAAGGUUAAAGACCAAGUCAGUGAUCUGAAAUACAAAGAAAUUUACGAAAGGAACAAAUCGAACUGUACUAUCAAACCGGAAGCCGUGCACAUAAAGGCAGCCAAGGAGGCCUACAAAGUCAACAGUAAUCUGGAUUACAAGAAGCAAUACGAAGCCACCAAAGCUCACUGGAGGUGGAUCGCCGACCGACCUGACUUCCUGCAAGCGGCCAAGUCGUCCUUGCAACAAAGCGAUUUUGAAUACAAGCUCGACCGUGAGUUCCUGAAGGGUUGUAAGCUGUCGGUCACCGAUGACAAGGACAUGGUGCUGGCUCUCAGGAAUUCUUUAAUAGAGAGUGAUCUGAAGUACAAGGAGAAACAUGUCAAGGAACGAGGAACCUGCCAGGCCGUACCCGACACCCCUCAGAUCCUCCUGGCGAAGACGGUCAGCUCCCUGGUGUCUGAGAACAAGUACAAGGACUACGUGAAGAAGCACCUGGCUCAGGGCUCGUACACCACCCUCCCCGAAACCCGGGACACGGUUCACGUCAAGGAAGUAACCAAGAACGUCAGUGAAACCAACUACAAAAAGAAGUUCGUGAAGGAGAAAGGAAAAUCUAAUUACUCGAUCAUGCUGGAGCCACCGGAAGUGAAACACGCCAUGGAAGUUGCGAAGAACCAGAGCAACGUUGCGUACAAAAAAGAUGCCAAGGAAAAUCUGCACUACACUACAGUGGCAGAGCGUCCGGACAUCAAGAAAGCCACCCAGACGUCCAAGCUGGUCAGUGAGGUGGAGUACAGAGCCAAGCACCGCAAGGAAGGAAGUCACGGGCUGAGCAUGCUCGGUCGUCCAGACAUUGAACUUGCCAAGAAAGUGUCCAAACUGACUAGCCAGGUUAAAUACCGAGAGAACUUCGACAAAGAGAAGGGCAAGACGUGCAAGUUCAACCCCAAGGACAGCCAGCUCUACAAGACCAUGAAGGAUGCCAGUAACUUGGCCAGUGAGGUCAAAUAUAAGGCGGAUCUCAAGAAACUUCACAAACCGGUGACUGAUAUGAAGGAAUCCCUGCAGAUGAAUCACGUUCUGAGCACCAGCCAGCUUGCCAGUUCUUACCAGUACAAGAAGAAAUACGAGAAGAGCAAAGGUCACUACCACACGAUACCUGAUAAUCUGGAACAGCUUCAUCUGAAAGAGGCCACAGAACUACAGAGCCAAGUGAAGUACAAAGAAAAGUAUGAGAAGGAGCGCGGGAAGCCCAUGUUGGACUUCGAGACCCCAACGUACAUCACUGCCAAGGAAUCCCAGCAGAUGCAGAGUGGGAAAGAAUACAGGAAGGAUUAUGAAGAAUCCAUUAAAGGCAGAAACCUUACAGGCCUGGAGAUCACUCCGUCCUUAUUACACGUCAAAUACGCCACCAAGAUAGCGAGCGAGAAAGAGUACAGGAGAGACUUGGAGGAGAGCAUCCGAGGGAAGGGGCUCACGGAAAUGGAGGACACGCCGGACAUGCUAAGAGCCAAGAACGCCACUCAGAUCCUGAACGAGAAAGAGUACAAGAGGGGACUGGAGCUAGAAAUCAAAGGGAAAGGCCUGAACGCCAUGGCGAACGAAACCCCGGAUUUCAUGCGAGCCAAGAACGCUACCGACAUUGCCAGCCAGAUUAAAUAUAAGCAUUCUGCAGAAAUGGAAAAGGCCAACUUCACCUCCGUGGUGGAUACUCCGGAGAUCAUUCACGCUCAGCAGGUCAAGAACCUCUCAAGCAAGAAAAAAUACAAGGAAGAAGCUGAAAAGUCCAUGUCGUAUUACGAGACGGUCCUGGACACGCCGGAGAUGCAGAGGGUCCGGGAGAACCAGAAGAACUUCAGCAUCCUCCAGUACCAGUGCGACCACAAAAACACGCAAGGGAAGAUCACGGCGGUACAGGACACGCCGGAAAUACUGCGCGUCAAGGAAAAUCAGAAGAACUUCAGCUCGGUGCUGUACAAAGAAGAAGUCACCCCAGGGACGGCCAUCGGGAAGACCCCAGAGAUGGCAAGAGUGAAGCAGACGCAGGAUCACAUCAGCUCGGUCAAAUACAAGGAAACCAUCGGACAAGGAAUUCCGAUUCCCGACCUUCCCGAAGUGAAACGUGUCAAGGAGACGCAGAAGCACAUUAGCUCGGUCAUGUACAAAGAAAACCCGGGCACGGGCAUCCCCACCACCAUCACCCCAGAGAUGGAGAGAGUCAAACGCAAUCAAGAAAACUUUAGCUCGGUUUUGUACAAAGAAAAUCUGGGGACAGGAACCCCAACACCUAUCACUCCAGAGAUGGAGAGAGUCAAACGCAAUCAAGAAAACUUUAGCUCGGUGUUGUACAAAGAGAACAUGGGGAAAGGCACCCCCUUGCCUGUCACUCCCGAGAUGGAGAGAGUCAAACACAAUCAAGAGAACGUUAGCUCGGUGUUCUAUAAAGAGAACCUGGGAUCGGGCACCCCAAUCCCCGUCACACCUGAGAUGCAGAGAGUCAAACACAAUCAAGAGAACUUUAGCUCGGUGUUGUACAAAGAGAACAUGGGGAAAGGCACCCCCUUGCCUGUCACUCCCGAGAUGGAGAGAGUCAAACACAAUCAAGAGAAUAUUAGCUCGGUAUUCUGGAAAGAAAAACUGAGUCGAGUCCCAUCCGCCCCCGCAAGCCUCUCCUGGGGGUUCAUCCUCGCGGACCCUCGGGGGACCAAUGAGACAGGUCACGAGGAGCAGCCAAGCAGUGCUGGCUACAAAGAAAAGGAGGCCCAGGUUUUGUAUAAAGAGAGCAUGGGGAAGGCCACACCAACGCCCACGCCCGUGACUCCUGAGAUGCAGAGGGUCAAGCGCAACCAAGAGAACAUUAGCUCGGUGAUGUACCGAGAGAGCGUGGGGAAGGCCACGCCCACCCCCGUCACCCCCGAGAUGCAGAGAGUCAAGCGCAACCAAGAGAACUUUAGCUCGGUUUUGUACAAAGAGAACUUGAGAAAGGCCACGCCGACUCCGGUCACUCCCGAGAUGGAGAGGGCUAAGCGCAAUCAAGAAAACAUUAGCUCGGUCCUUUACUCGGACAGUUUCCGCAAACAAGUCCAAGGCAAGGCGGCCUACGUCAUGGACACUCCAGAAAUGAGGCGAGUGCGGGAGACCCAACGUCAUAUCUCCUCGGUGAAAUACCACGAAGACUUCGAGAAGCACAAAGGCUGCUUCACGCCUGUCGUCACCGACCCCAUCACGGAGCGCGUGAAGAAGAACACGCAGGACGUCAGCGACAUCAACUACCGGGGCAUCCAGAGAAAGGUGGUGGAGAUGGAGCGUAGACGGACCGACCAGGACCAGGAGGCGGUCACAGGCCUGCGGGUGUGGCGCACCGACCCCGGCUCAGUCUUCGACUACGACCCGGCGGAAGACAACAUCCAGUCGCGGAGCCUGCAUCUGGUCAAAGUCCAAGCCCAGCGCCGCAGCCGCGACCAGUCCCGCUCCGCCAGCGCGCUGAGCGCCAGCGGCGGAGAUGAGAAGUCGGACCACUCCGAUCAUCACCUUUCCCACUACAGCAACGGAGCGGGGAUCUUCUUCUCGGCUACAUCCACAGCUUACAAACACGCUAAAACCACGGAGCUGCCACAACAGAGGUCGUCUUCGGUUGCGACUCAGCAGACGACCGUGUCCUCCAUCCCCUCUCACCCGUCGACGGCCGGGAAGACCUUCCGGGCCAUGUAUGAUUACAUGGCGGCGGAUGCAGAUGAAGUGUCCUUCAAGGACGGGGACGCCAUCGUCAACGCGCAGGCCAUCGACGAAGGCUGGAUGUACGGCACCGUACAGCGGACCGGACGGACGGGAAUGCUCCCGGCCAACUACGUGGAAGCCAUCUGAGCCCGGCUCCUGCCCUCGUCCCCACCGGUGGCACCGCCGGCGGCCGACGCCUUGGGUCACCUUCCGAACUUUACCGAAAGCCUCAUCCGCCUCCCACCCGGAUUUCUAGAAAUUUGCCGAUGUAACAGACUACUAAUCCUAACCCUUCACCGGGUAAAAAUAACAGCUGGACUCGCGCACGACAGCUUGGCGACGAGACGAGUUUAUGGUGUCUAUUUCCACUCCUGACCCGAAUUGCCGUACCUUUUCGUUUCGAAGUCCAAGUCCAACCUACUCGAUGUACACGAGCAUCCGACGCCUUAAAAGCCACCAAAAACCCAUCAUUUUUUUCCCCGUGUGUUGAAAACGUUUCUAUCGGAGGCGAGCGACCUGGAAACGAACCCGGAGAAGCCUCGUCUCUCUCUAGCCUGCCCCAAGCUGAAUGCAUGCGUUUUCAGCUGGGCCUUCCAAGGUUGCGUGUAUAUUAGUGACAAAAUAAAGUUCCCACUUCAGCAGCA